AUCGAGAGGCGCGCACGUGACCGUAGGCGCGGCGGUGGAGGCACGAAGAUGCCUCCUCGCCGUGCCUUUUCCAUUCCGCCGAGAAACCGUGGUGCGGCUCGCCCGCUCGCCGGUACUUUCGACCGGUCGUAAAGCCGACGUUUCGCAGCUCCGUCCCGGUCGCCUUUCAGUAACACGGAAUUUCGCCACGAAAACGGACACGAUCGCUUUGCCUAUCGUGGACUAUCGGAGCGGCAGCCCGCCCGGAGGCCCCCCCCGUACAUAAAAUUCUGAGUUCCCGCCGCGUCACAAUGGAUGUCGAAACCGGGGCCAUCCUGGCCCUGCAGAUAUUGGCUCUGUGUUCGAUAGUCGCCGCCCUGCUGGCUUACCUGAUGCGACAGUCGAGGAAUGCCGCCGACGAAUACGAGUCGCGUAACAAACGUCACGUACUCGUUACCAGCUGUGAUACAUGCGUAGGCCUGCAGAUCGCCCUUGCACUCUACGAAGCCGGUUACAAGGUGUUCGCGGGUCUGCUGGACCCAACGGGCGGCUCGUCGUCGGUCAAAAUCUUGAAGGCGGUUGAGCUGGCGCGGCAGAAAGAGGACGAGCCCGGCGGUGCGGGCGAUGGUGAUCCGCAGCAACCGGAAGCCACACGUGCCCGCGGUCAAAUUGUGCCAUUGGAACUGGACCCGACGAGGGAGGACAGUUUGCGCGCUUGUUUGGACGCCGUCAGGGCGAAACUUCCGGCCGGCGAGGAUGGUCUCUGGGCAGUCGUGCACACGGGCGGCUUGGUUUUACCAGGUGUCAUAGAGAAACAAACCAGCUCGAUGUGGGAGUCCAUGCUGCGUUACAACUUGGUUGCCCCGCUGAGAACGGCCAGAGUAUUCAUCCCCCUUUUGCGCAUCAAGAGAGGCCGCAUCGUUCUUUUGGGCGACUCCGAGACGAGCUACGGCGGCAAGGUGGGCUCCGGACUGGUGGCGUUCAGCGCGUCGCGAAGAGCCGUGGAAGGUGCCGCGGAGGCGUUAAAAAGCGAAUUACAUUCGUCGGGCGUCGACGUCGUGCUUCUCAAACCGCCGCCCGUGAAUCCCCUCGUUCUUUAUGCAUCGCCCGUUCUCAAGACGGUCGACGUGGAGUCUGGCGUAACAGCCUCGGAAGGGACGUGGACCGCUCCGCUAUCGAUUCAUUCCGUGCAGAACGCUCUGAUUCCUGCGAUUACGACGUCGUGUCCUCUAAGCGUUUACGAUAUGUCCAUCAAGCCGAGGCUCUUCUGUCGAUAAUUCCGUCUACGUCGCGUAAACGGACCGAAAGAUCGUGAGACGUAAUAAUAUCGCGAGACUCCCUCGAGAGAGUUGAUGCGAUACGCAAUAGGUGUACGGAAAACAAUGGAAAGUGCGGAACAUAAUGGUACACGCAUGUUCGCUGCGGUGUCAUUUGCGUCGACGUGUCAUUCCGCGUGCCCUAAAGCAUCACAUGCGGGAUUUCUUUCUCGAUUUUGCGGCAGGCGACACUUUCUGCGUGUGAAUCAUGUCAUUUUUUCAUGCGCUUGCCCCGAGCGGUAUCAAUUAUGAAUUCUCGCUUUCAUUCCUUAUUCAUUAUUGUGUUUGCUGUCAAAUGCAGGCAUCAAUUUCAGGAGAUUAUUUAACAAAACAGCCGAUAACUUUUAUCGCCGAUAGAUUAAAUUCGGUGAUAAUCCUUGCUUUUGACAAGCGCGUUUUCCAUCUCUUUUCCCUUCGAAAAUAAAAUUAUUCUAACGCUAUUUACGUCGUAAAAGUAAGAUUGUUUCCAGGGUAUCCGUUAGAGUCCAGUAUAUUUUAAAACGCCGUACAUUGAGUCCGGUGGAUUUAUCUUCGAUUGCGAUGUUUAAAUAUUUCGCUGUGUUGCGACUUCAUGAAAUGUAUAUUUUAAGAGGUUGAAACGAAAAAUGUGUUUUACUUGAAAGGUUUCGGGCGAGUGUGUACGCGAAGGGUAGAAAGGAGUUUUCUAUACUUGCGCAUUUGUAAAUAUCAGAUUUAUAAUACAUAAAAUGCCCGGAUAACUUUCGUAGAUUUGAAAAUAUACGUGCAGCAAGGAUUUUAUACAAUUUGUAUAAUUUUUACAAGCGAGCUUUCGAUGAAUAGUCUCCUUUUCUUCGCGAUUAUUUGGAAGUUUAUUCAAACGGAGUUUUCCACAAGUUUGUGUUUUUCAAUCAGUUUUCAAUAAUUGAAGAUUAAUGUAUUUUCUCUUAUAUGCUUUACGUCACAUUUUUGAAACUACAAAAAUAGUAUUUCAUAUUUCUUCAAAUCCACAACAGUUAUUCGGUCGUAUUGUUUCUCUUAGUAAAUUAUUCCAUAUAAUUAUAUAUGUCAACCUUCAUGGAAGUUAUUUAUAUUAAUGAAGCAUGAUUAAAGUAUGAAGUUUUUGCCAAUAAAUCUCUUUUUAAAUGGAAAUGAUUCUUUUUUUACAAAGUUCGCAAUAUACGAAUAUAAGUGUAUUAAUUUAAGAUGAAAAGUAAUUUGUAAUAUAUAUAUAUACUACGAUUAUGUAUAACAUCGAUAGUAGUUUUACAUAUGUAUUGUUUAUCGAAAUAUGUAUAAAACAAUAUAGAAAUAAGAAAAGA